CGUUGAAGUGGACAAUAGGAACCAAAUUCUACGUGACACGACAGUCAACUUCCCCGUUCCCGGAACUCUGAAGUGGACAGCUGUGGAUAUGCACAAGUGUGGAUGCCGAAACUGACACUAGUCUCAUCGGCCACGUUUACGAGCUCCUGGGCUAGGCCCAAAUGAAUGUGGUAUUGUAGAUAUUGGCGCUGAUAUUUCUUUCUGUUAUAAGCUAUAAGCCUCGUAUCUUUGCGUUACUCUUACUAUCUAUCUUAUUUCAUUACCAUUCUUUCUGUUGGUUUAUUUACCACGCUAUACGUUUCGCAGUCUUUCUCUUUCUCAAACCCUGUGCAAUGGCCACUGUUGACAUACCAGUAGCUUUGGCUACAGACCUUUCGAAACAUGCAACGACCCCUGCAACACACGGACAAGUAACACAAGUAACAACCGAGAUAUCACCAUCAGACCCGAUCAUAAAGCAGCUUACGAUAGAAGAAAAAGUCCAACUGUUAUCUGGCAGAAAUUUCGUCAGCACCGCAGGUGUUGCUCGUCUCGGUAUUCCUCCAUUGAAGCUAGUCGAUACUGUCAAUGGCGUCAAAGGCAGCGAUCUUCACAAUGGAACUUCAACACUCUGCUUCCCGAGCACAGCUUGUUUAGGGGCAACAUGGAACCGGGAACUGCUUACUCGCAUGGGGAAAAAGCUGGCAGCGCAGGCAAAGUCCAAAUCCGCUCAAGUAAUUCUAGGGCCUUCCAUGAAUAUGCAUCGCGAUCCUCGUGGAGGCCGAAAUUUCGAAUUUUUCAGCGAAGAUCCAUUACUUACGGGAGAGCUUGGUGCGGCACUGGUGAAUGCCAUUCAAUCGGAAGGAGUUGGCGCGUGCCCAAAGCAUUUCGUGGGAAACGAGUGUGAGACAAAGAGGAGGAUACAAGAUGUUACCGAAUCUUUAGACGGGAGAACGAUGAGAGAGAUCUACCUGGCAGCUUUCCAAGUCAUGCUUCGCAACUCUGAUCCUAUGGCCCUAAUGACUGCAUACAACAAAGUUGAUGGCGUAUAUUGUAGCGAAAAUAUCCCAUUGAUACAGGAUGUCCUUCGAGGCGACUGGGGCUAUAAAGGCUGUGUCAUGUCAGAUUGGUACGGAACCAACUCUGAGACUGCAGCGCUUAAAGCAGGUCUAGAUUUGGAAAUGCCAGGCCCAUCCGUCUUUCGGGGUGCAUCACUGGUUAAAAAUGUUCAGAAUGGAACAGUGGAUGAAAAACUAGUGGACCAGCGACUUGCCAACGUCUUGCGCCUGAUCGAACGAACUGCUGAAAGCCACUCGACAGAACCUGAAAAAUCUCUCAAUGAUGAAUCAGGGAACUGUUUGGCCAAGGAGAUUGGAACAGAAGGCAUCGUUCUGUUGCAGAAUAGGAAGUCAGUGUUGCCUCUACAGAUAACUCAGAAGUUAGCUGUGAUCGGGUCCGCUGCAACUACUCCGCCAAUAUCUGGAGGUGGUAGUGCAUCCGCGCCGCCUCAGUAUCUCCAGCGGCCGAUUGAUUCGAUUAAAGCACUACAUUCACACCCGGAAUUUGUGACAGGUUCCGAAGGUGUAAAGGUACAUGCUACUAUUCCAAUCUGUGCUGAAGACCAGAUAUUCGCACGAAAUGGCGAACAUGGCGUGGAUGUGAGCUAUUUCAACGACAGGAUUGAGAUGCCAAUUACCGAAGAGUUUCAAAAAAUUCCUCAGGUUGUCAUGCUUGGUCGAAUCAAACCAGGCCUAAAGGCAGAAGGAUUUCAUUAUGAGAUGUCUACUACUCUCAUUCCCACUACUACUGGGCUACAUACCAUAGGAAUUCACGCUACUGGCUCUUUCCUUCUCACUGUCAAUGGGAAAGAAGUUCUAUCCGAGACAGUUUCUGGAAUCACAGUUGAGGAUUUCCUCUUCAAGCCUGAACGCCUUGAAGUUCGCUGCCAGGUCGAAAUGAAGGCAGGCAUGCCAUACUUCCUGAAGUUGGUAGUCCAGCCGCAUAAACCAGCAUCAAUGACAGGCGAGCCGUUAGUCCAUGGAGCCAAACUCUGCUAUAUAGAGGAGUAUUCUGAUUGUAACGCAAUCUCCGAAGCUGUCGCCGUAGCAGAGCACGCAGAUGCCACUAUCAUAUUUGCUGGACGCAAUUCAGAGUACGAAUCCGAGGGUUUCGAUUUGCCUGAAAUCACUCUACCUGCCAACCAAGUCAAGAUGAUUAAAAAGGUGGCAGCUGCGAGUCGAAGAAGCGUGCUUAUUCUUCAUUGCGGAAAUCCAAUCGAUGUACGAGACUUUAUAGACGAUGUUGACGCGAUUAUCUGUGCUCAUUUCUUGGGCCAAGAAGGAGGCAAUGCUCUUGCUGAGAUUCUGUACGGCAAGGUGAACCCCAGUGGUAAGCUUGCUGUGACUUGGCCUAAGAAGUUGGAGGAUACACCAUCAUAUCAAUCUUUCCCAGCCACAGAAACGGCCCGGGGAUGGGAGAUUUCGUGUGGUGAAGGAAUAGGAUUGGGAUACCGACAUAAUUGGGUUAAUUCGCCUCAAUUUGCCUUCGGGUUCGGAUUAUCAUACACGUCGUUUGAGCUUUCAUCUCUCAAAGUUACAAGGUCCAACACGGCCGCCUCUGUUGGAGACAACGAAAUCAUAGUGGAGGUAGAAUUAUCCAACACUGGACCAGUCAGUGGUGCAGAGGUUGUGCAAGUAUAUGUCGAGGACGUCGCCUCAUCUGUCACUCGGCCAUCCCGAGAACUAAAGGCCUUCGAAAAAACGCAUCUCGAGCCGCAAACAUCGGAGACUAUCCGAUUUUUCAUCAAAGACAAGUACGCCUUUAGCUACUGGGAUGAAGAGACCAGGUGCUGGCGUGCGGAGGCGGGUGAAUUUAAGAUUCAUGUUGGCGAUUUGGUCGCGCAAAUUCAUCUUGAACAGGGAUUUUCUUGGAAGGGGUUGUAG